GUUGCUUGGCGUUGUCUCUUUGGCGUGAUUGAAACUGGAACACGGCGACGUAUGUUUACACGCCCCGCUUCAGCUUGGGCCGCUGGGCAGAUUUGAACGCUGUCCUGAUGUGGCCGAUCUGAAUUGGGCUCUACUCUCCCGCACAGGCCAGGCCUACCGGUAAAUUCGCCCUGUUCCGAAGUGGAUCACGAAACUCUUUGGACGUCUAAAUUUCAAGCCUUCGAGGCGACGUUUCCAAUCAUUUACGUUCGAUUCUUGUCCUGUUCUCUGAAUAUUUGAGCCUCUACAACUGUGCAAGCACAACUAUCACGGGACGAAAGAAAAAACGAUGGGGUUCGUUUCACCUCUGCUCCUGAUUUACGUGCUGAGUGGGAUGGUAUUUGAACUAUCCACCGGCCAGACCACACCAGGCGGAGUGCAGGUUAGCACGGCUACUGAACAACCUGGUGGCAUUGGCGGACCAAGGAAGGGCUCCUGGAACACCAGCCGGGAUGGAUGUUCUGUCACCAUUCAUGUGGCGACGAAACCAGCGAGCACGUUCCAGGCGAGUUCUACGUAUCCCCAAAGUACAAUGCAUGAAACUCCGAGCACCGUGCAUGAUAACCCUGUGUGCGGCGAUAGUCCAGCUGAUUCCUGUAUGAGCGUGCAACUCGCUUUUGAAGCAUGGUGGGAGCUAAAGGAGAGUGGGUUGGCUGAUGUGCAUCGGACUUGUAUGGUGCUGGUGGGAUUUCCAGAAACUGGAUGCGAGGUCCUGAUACGGAAGAAUGCGCAAAAUAUCAAAAUGCCUGGAACAAAGGAUGGCCUUGAACACCUAACUGUUCGAUCAUCGUCCAUUUAUGGAUGUAGCCAUGCCGUACUUAAUACCGUCUUAUUUAACAAGCCCGGUGUCUUUCUACUCCGUUCCCCGAGUCACUUGGAAGGCAUCCACUUCAUAGCGGCGAAUAAAGGCAAGCGUCCAGAUUAUGUAAUACGAUCUGCGUCCCUUUUGUCUAUUCUACGCUGCACGUUCAGCCUGUCGUGUAAUAAUCUAGCCAUUUCUUCCAUUCAAAUUUCCGCCCCUUCGGUCAGAGAUCUGUAUGAUAACGGAGGAAACGUUCGGAUAGUUGCCACGCAAUUCAUCGCCAGUACGAAGAUUGAUCCAGACUGCCACCAUUUACCCAGUGUGGACAAUUUUUUGCCCCUCAGCGUUGUACAUGUCAACCCCACUCUUCAUCCCUUUGCUGUUUACCUGGAAGACUGUAGAUUCGAUAAUUUCGAGCCUUACCUUUCGGGCACGUCUGUUUUCCGAUUUCAAAUCGCUGAUUGGCGUAGGUCCGCUGGUAUUUCCACUUUUUCCAUGAUGCGAGUUGCGUUUCAUGCAGUGCAUCCAACCACCGAUAUCAUAUCUCUGGAGUUCAAUGGAACGGGUGUGCAUGUUGAAAUCGAGGAGGUCGUGGUGACUAGCGGUGUUCAAUGCACACAGGAUAACUGCGCCCACCUCUCAGUAACAUUCUGGAAACCCAACAACUUCAUCACCAUCCGUAACAGCCAGUUUCGCAGCGAUCACCUGCAUUGCUCCGCUUCGGAACCGUGCACCCAGGUCGCACUGAAACUUCCGCAUUUCGGUGUUCACGUAGCUUUUCGCAAUAACCAGUUUUCCACGUUCAGUUUACACUGCCGAAAGCCAACCGACGGAAUAUCGAUUACAAUAGGAAACAAAUACGAAGCGCAGGACUCAAUACACUAUCCCAAGCACCCACCGACCAGUGUUGACGUGACUAGUUCUAAUUUCAGUGCCUCCACAGACAUUCCUUUUCAGUACUACAAAGGCCCAGGCUCAUAUGAGAAACACCGGUUCAAUGAAACGGUGGAUUGCUUAGCAGCUGCCUCGGGUCUAGUAGCCGGCCUGUACGCGGAGUGCGCGGCUGCAUGGAUCAGGGUGACACUGGAAUGCAAGGGUACCUGCAAACUGCUGUAUUCCGUGAAUCUGACGAACAACACGUUUUAUGCUGGAACUGGUCAGGCUAUGGUGCGAGCCAGACGUGUGAAUAUCACUCUCAAUGGACACACGAUUUUACGGGAAUUUGAAUCUGAAAGAAAGGGUGCUUCCACUAAGCCUUAUUCCCCGUUUAUUGCUGACCAAGGUAUCGUUUUCGUGAAUGGUCCUGUUAUUGGACCAACGGCAGUAACGUUUCCAAGAUAUCCGAGUAGAAGAAAGAUUGUCAUACACCGAUUCAACGACUGGGGGCGGCGAGAUGUCUUUCGUGCUGCGCCUGGCAGAAAGGACAUGAUGUUUACUUCAAUUGUGUCUGACACGUAUUGUACGCCGAUGGAUCUGCUACAAAUUAAUGGUCGAUGGCCCUGGAAGACGAAUAACAGAGUUGCCCUGUUCAGGAAAAAUAUGCGACAAUGGAGAGUCUUAUCAUCACCUAGAACUUCGGCAACACCAACGUCGGACGGCUUCACUGAACUCAGGCAAUGUGAUCCCACAUGGACACUAAGCAAUUCUAUUGAUGCGCCAAUGUACAGUACUGGAUGCUACUGCCCAUUCUACACAAAUAAUCAUGCAGACCUGGACGCAAAUUUCACCAAUAGAGGGACCUGCCUUCGUUCGUCUACCAUCUAUGACUACUGUCCCACGUCAGGGUUAUUUAUUGUCAAUAUUCUGGGUUUCCUAACCCAAGCGUUGACAACGAAAACCAGAUGGAUCUUUUUCAAUGCGGCAAACGUUGGCUGCUUCAAAAUCUGGAAUAACACUCUGUAUGUGAUGGUGCAAACGUGUGGGAGAGAAGACUGGGCAAUUGUUGGCCGCUCACUCCAGUGGCGCCACCCUCAAGAUAAAGCAUUGCACGACAUGGGCUCACUCAUCGCCAAGGAUCGAGGCACUAUUAGCAAUAUUGUGCCAGGUCCACAGUUUACGUACACACCAUGGGCUUUCCUUCAGGGAGCCGACUGGAGCAGUUCAUUGGAUGAACGUGCCCAUGUCAGCCCAGAGCAACGAACGGGACUUACGGGCAGCGUGACUUUAUUAGUAUCACCAGGGGAAGCAAUGAUCCUAAAUAUUGCCACAGUGGAUGAUGGUCUAUCGCUCUCGUCAACAGCAGUGACAUUACAAGUGCACUCCGACCACGCCGCAAACAGCAAUGGCACCGUACUACUUGUACAGGUCCGUGCUGGAAUCUCCAAGGCGAAGCCAAAGGUGGUCACCACCAUACCGUUUCUCAGUGGCAAGCCAAUGUCUGGAUUUUCGCUGGCCGGAGAACCCUACAUGAGUGGAUUUUUGGCCAUUGCUGUACCUGAGUCUGGCCUACAGGAGUGGCGCUCGCCAGUGGUUCUGAAAGUGCCAUUCAUACUCCAGCCAUGUCAUAUGGGUUAUGAGCUUGUCACCGAACAUGAUGACGGAAAGCCGCUCCUAACCUGCAAGAGGUUGCAACACAAUGGGAUACUUAGCGAGAGGCUUGGAAAGACAAUUAAAGUGGCCGCUGGUUAUUGGGCAGGAAAUGUUCGGGAUAAGAGGGACCGCACGAGCAAGGUCAUGCGCGACAUACUGGGAUCGGAUGGAUCCGAAAUACAACAGAUCCCUAUGAAUGGAGCGAUACUUAUUGCAACGCUUCGGAGGAUUGAAGCUGAGACAUCUUUCGGUAUAACUCAAUGCUCACAUAAAUUUUGCCACUCCUUCCGGUGGUGGCUGGGGCCCGGCGAGUCAGGUUGCAGAUCGGGACAUACAGGUCCUUUGUGUGGCCAAUGCAAGAAAGGGAAAUCUAUGAUCAUUGAUACUCUGGCCUGCAGAACAUGCGCAUCACCAUCAAUACAUGUGUAUGCAUAUAUGGCACUGGUAAUGGUGCUUACGAUCCUCAUGUUCCUGCUCAUGUUUUACUUCAACGUGGGCAUGUCUCCCCUCGUAGAUUCUUGGCUCUUCUUCUUCCAGGUAGCCCCUAUCGUUGUCCCGUUCUUCAACUUUCCAAAUGGGAUGAUGUCAACGCUUUUAACCUUUGGUCUCGGCCACCUAUGUAUCAAACCCGAGUUAAAUCGUAUGCAGAUCCAGGCCAUGCUACUGCUGCAGCCAAUCACACUUCUAGCUCUGGUGUUCCUGGUACGUAUUGCAGCAUCCUACUCGUGCACUGGUACAUUCCUGCAGCGACAGCAGAAGCACAUGCGACUGGUGCGCGUGCUUUGGUUCGGUCUUGUCUACAGUUAUACCAUGCUGACGUUCACCUCUAUCAAUUUGCUACAAUGUACCGAACUCAGCAACAAGUUUGUUCUGGCUAUUGAUGGAUCUAUUGAAUGCUUCAAAGGAGCACACAUACCCUAUGCGGUGUGUGCUGGCCUCAUCUCAGCUUUCAUACUUCUUCCACCACCGGCGAUUCUCCUCCUGCCGCAAGCAAAACGACGGAUUUUCUUCAAGGGCUUUAUUGACCAGGCAUGUGCGAUGUAUGGAGAUAACAGGCGAUGGUGGGCUUCAAUAAACCUACUUCGGCGAUGCGCAAUAGCAGUAAUCGUUUCACAGAUACACCAUCUGGAGAUGAAGUCUGUCAUUACAACGCUGUUUCUAUUUGUCUAUCUUUACGCACAUGCGAUCUGGAGACCUCUCGUGGAGAAAAACUUCCUUGGCAUUAAUAGCAACCUGGUGGAGACGCUAUUUUUGUUCAGUCUUUGUCUACUGUCAAUGACCAACUCAGCCGUGAGAAUUAUCGGAAGUCAUUUCUCGGCAAUGCAAACCCUUGCCAUUGUCCUGGCUUAUCUCCCAACUGUGGUGUUAGUGUUUGCAUUACUAGCUAGGCAGUGUUGCGCCAAGCGCGGUGGCUUUGGCCGCCUGCGCCACCUUUCCCUGCGUGCCUGUUGGCGGAAACGACACGGACUCGACAUACGCGAUCAGCAGACUGCAGAUCUUGCCUUGGACAAUAUGUUGAGUGAAGCCAGGGAACCGCUGCUAGUGACUGAGUUACUACACGAGCAUGGACGAUGCAAAUGAUCACAUUACCCUGAACAUCAUUUUCAUCACGAUUAAAUUCUUGUAUCAAGACACUUUGCUACACUUAGUUAAGCUCCAGAGUUAACCAUCAGCAGUUAAUUCACCCAUUCCCUCCAUCCUUUGUGUUGUGCACAUAUCCUCUUCUCUCUUACCAGCGUACAUGAGCGCCACAAUUUUCAUCACGAUUAAAUUCUUGUAUCAAGACACUUUGCUACACUUAGUUAAGCUCCAGAGUUAACCAUCAGCAGUUAAUUCACCCAUUCCCUCCAUCCUUUGUGCUGUGCACAUAUCCUCUUCUCUCUUACCAACGUACAUGAGCGGCGCAAAAAGGACAAUAAUUAUAGCCGUAGUGGGAACAAAUGCGCAUCACGCCUUUACAUUCAUUAUACGCAACCACUUUCAAACAAAUAUUUUGGUUGCAGUCAACAUUGGACAAUGCCGCCUAUUGAUUAAUUCCUCGUUGCAUCUUCAAAUAUCUCUCCUCUGAUCCCAGUAAAACUGUAAGGCAAAGAGUGUUUUAGUCAAAUGCAUCUAGCCUUCUUGUUUGCUUCAAGUACAUCACCAAAAGCUACACAUACUGCUGACAACUCCAGAUUAUUAUAUCCUGCCUUGCCGCACUGAUGGCGCAUUCCUUGCCCAUCUUAUCAUUGAACUGAUUCAAUGCAUACAUACUUCCUCCGCGUCA